AUGCCCAGCUGUUCCGCCAUCGGCUGCUCCUACCGGGGCUCUGACCGGUACUACAAGGGACUAAAUGUGCGGCUCUACCGGAUCCCGAGCCCCCGGACCCCGUUCGACGAGGAACGCAGAGAGCUGUGGGUCCAGGCGCUGCGCCGGUCCCACUGGGGCGAGAGUGGCAUCAGGAACGGGAGAGUCUGCAGCCAACACUUCAUCACGGGUGCCUACUCGUUGGACCGGAUCCACCCGGACUUUGUACCAUCCAUCUUCUCUUUCUCCAAACCUAGAGAUCUGCAGAAGGGCCUGGAGCGCCUCAAGAGGUAUGAGCGCACUGUGAAGCGAGUGGAGGAGAAGGGCGUGGCUUAUGUUCCAGACACGCCCACUUACACCAGUGAACAGCGUGCAGUGUUUAACAGCUGCACGACCUUCAACUGGCCUUCCUUCAAAAGCGUCCCCCAUGUGUCAGAAGUGUUCAGUGUUGCCGCUCGGGUUGAGGAGCAGAUCCACGGUUUGAAGCGCGGAGACAUCGUUCCAUUCAUCGUAAAAUCUGCAGACCCCAGACCAGACCAGGACCUGGACUUUGACUAUGACCCGGUUGAAGUGCGUCUCACUGAAGCUGAAGUCCACAUAGAUCACAACUACAGCAGCUCAGGCGAGUCGGGCUGCAGCCCGAGGAGUCCUCCCCUUCAGCGGCAGAAACAUACCAUCAUAGCGGAGCGCAAGUGUAUGGCUGCACGACCAGAGGGAAACCGGAGUAUUCCCACUAUGAACAAAGCGGAAAACACAAAUCUAGCCGCAGCAAAGACCAUGGGAAACCCUCACUCGGCCAAAGUAAUGGAAGUCCAGACCAGAGUAAAUGUGAAGGCGCACUUUUCACAACAAAGGUCUUCAAAGGGACAGCAGAUCAAAUCCCCACCACUGGAAAAGGAACGAAUAAAUCAUAUGUCUGAAUCCAUCCUCCAGCCCACAGGUGUUCGUCCUGACCACACCUACUGCGCCCCCUCUGCAGCCUGGCUCAACCUACAAUCCCCUGCUACAUCUGCAAUGCCCACAUCAGAGCCGCAUGCUGCUUUAGAUGCCCCGUCUGUAGAAGCGCUUCAAGCAGCGGACAAACACUUGCGCGCACACCUUGCAAUUACAGCUGCUCAGACUGUCCCCACUGGUUCAAAUACAUGA